AUGGUCCGCAAACGAAAACCUAAGACGCCAAUCACACAGUCCAGUUCGUCAGCGACCACUAAACCUCGUCUCGACUCUGCGAAACCCAAGUCGACCCGGACCCUCAUUCGACGGUUUCAUGUGUUGAUCAAACGACGAGCCGUCUUGGAAAAACGGGGAAAGAAAUCGAGAGAGGAGAGUGCAGAGUUGAAAGAGAUCCAAACCGAAAUGGAGUCGAUGGGUGGGUUGGAGGCGUACCAGAGCAUGUCGGCGAUUGGCCAGGGGAAGGACCGGGGCGGCGGCAGCGAGUCGGUGCUUAUUGGAUGGAUGAGAGAGUUGGGAAUGCACAAGUCGGACGGAAAAGUCCGGUUACUCGAGGUUGGAGCGUUAAAGCAUGACAAUUACGGAUCGUGCGAAUCCUGGAUUGCAUGCUCGCCGAUCGACUUGCGGUCCAGACACCCCGAAAUUAGGGAACAAGAUUUUCUAAAGUUGGACAUGGAUGAAAACAAAGAUAACUGGGACGUUGUGAGUUUAAGUUUGGUGGUGAACUUUGUCCCGGAUGCCAAGGACCGAGGGAAAAUGUUGAGCAUAGCCCAUGACAUCCUCCGUCCACCCUGCUCUCAGGCAAACGGAGGCUUGCUAUUCCUCGUUUUGCCGACUCCUUGUGUGGCCAACUCGCGAUACAUGACAUCCGACCAUCUUGUCUCGGCAGGAGAGGCACUCGUCUGCUCUCCCCCCACCCUCGUCCGCACCCCUAAAUCGCAGGACUCCCUUCCGCUCCCUCCAAUGAGUACUCUGCCAGUGAGAGGGAAUCGUGCGAACAAACCACACAAUCGUAAGCCAUACGACAAGGCACCGCAGUCGCCAUCGCCGCCGCCGGAACUCGCACGCUCCAAGUCAAGUUUCUUCAACGCUGUCAAGGCGGUCUUUGCGGGAUGGUUUUCGGUGGCUGAUCCAGCCAAUGGGGGUGCGGACAGAGACAGGGAGGACAAACACCUCAAGCGCCGCUCUAGCCGCUCCAAGCUCGACAACAAUCCCAAUGGGACUCGCCCAAAGCGCAUACGCACCGUCAGUCCCCAGCGCAAUCCACCGCGCAAGUCCGGAUAUCUCGAUCCCCCAGAGCACAUGAUCAGGCCAGUCCGCAGCCUCGGUCGCUCCUCCAAGUUGGCGGUAACAUCCGAUUCUGAGCAAACACAGUUGUCCGUCCGAAAUACCCCCAUGGGAUUUGGCACUUACCGAGCUCCCCGCUCUCCGCCUUCGCGACGCACACCGUCUAUCAGUUCCUGGUUCCCUCCACCUGCCAGCACCCGCAACAGUCUGGCACCAAAGGCCUCUCAGGUCCAUUUCGGUACAUUGCCCUCGAACCUCGAGAUUGACGCAGCUAUUUCCUCAUAUGACGAUACACGUAUGCAGUCGCGCUCCCCUUCUGUGGGAGCUGGCCUUGGCGUUGGGCUUGGUCGCGAGCGCACUCCCAGUCGGGCUAUCCCUACGCGGGAAACCAGCCUUUCCCUUCCGCUAGGCAAUCGCACAUCUGUGUCAAAGGCAACUGGCACUACCAUCCGUACCUCGCUUUCGGUUGCCAAUCCCUUUUCCGGUCUGGGUAAAUCAUCUUCCUUGGCACCCGAACGUCGCAAGUCGACUCUUGUAUGGGACGAUAAAGUCGGUGUCACUAAAGCUGGCAAGCCCAGAGCUCCAACUGCUCCUCCAGCAAAGAAUACUGCCGAACGACUCCUCAAUGCCUUGGAGAAUAUGCACACCCUCACAGGUGACGCCCAGCGUCCUCGUCGCCGACCGCCUCCAAUCGUUCAGGUUCCUGCUCCUGGCCCUGGAGAUCGUCGGGCUCGAAUGAUCCAACCAUAUGGUGAACUCAAAAUCGCCCCAAAUAAACCUAAGAAAUCUGCAGAGAGUAAUUCUAAGAGCGGUCUAAUGAAGAUGCUGAUGAAGAACAAGAAGGAGGUCCAGGAAGAGGAUAUGGAUAUGGAAGAGGAAGCAGCUCGGCUUAGCCAACCUAAAGAGAAUGCACCCGUCGAGUCGGUCUCGGUCAAGUCUAAGGCUAAGGAUGCCGACACCGAUAUGGACUCGGACUCGGCUCCGACCCCCAAGCCGGCUACGACAACUGCAAGUCCCCUCAAGGUUGUUGAUAAUUUCAGGCCUGCAUCACAACCCCCUUCGCGCCCCGGUAGCUCCCUUCGACAGAGCAAGACAAUUACGAAGCGUGCUCAUGCUCAUUCGGCCGGUCGAAACCGGUUCUCUGCCAAUAAUGAGGAAGAAGAGGGAGACGAGGAGGCCGUUGAGAAGAGGAAUGCCGAGCUCCUUGCUGUGGCUAAUGCCAGCGUGUUCAAGGUUCCCGAAGGUUUCUCGUUUGGUGGUUCCCCAGCAUCGACUACACCUAAGCCAGCCUCAGUAUCCAAGGGCCCAGAAGUUGUAUCACCUCAACCUAUUCCUGCCAAACCGGCUACGUCAUCUGUCCUCUCGUUUACUCCUCCCGCAGCGUCAGCCAAAGAAGCAGCGUCGACAUUCUUCGGCGCCAAAGACACCCCCAAAGUGACUCUUCCCGAAGUCAAGAAUCCCUUCGCCAGCGUAGGAGCAGCCAAGCCCGAUAUCAAGGUUCCCGAGGUACCAAAAUGGGGAAGUGCUCCGUCAUCGUCUGCUCCCACCCCACCGCCCAAGCCGAUCGAAGGCGCAUCUCCGUUCGCGAACAUUGGGGUCUCGGCCAAGCCUGCUGAGAGUGCUGCAGUCGUCUCGUUUGGCAAACCAGCUGAGAAACCUGUUAGCGAUAAUCCAUUUGCGAGCAUUGGUAAACCGACUGUUAUCGAGAAUCCGUUUGGCAAGGUCGAUAAGCCUAAACCAGCACAGGAUAAUCAAAUCCCUAGUAUCGGGAAGCCGUCUGGAGACAAUCCAUUUGCUAGUAUCGCGAAACCAGUCAGUGGUAAUCCCUUUGGUAGCGCCAACAAGCCCAUUGGAGACAAUCCAUUCGCGGGGAUUGGUACGAAUAGUAAGGGUGCAUCAGCCCCCGCUCCAGCUUUCUCCUUUGGUGGGCCCAAGUCUGAGAGCACUUCUGCCUCGGCCACUCCUGCGCCCGCACCCGAAUCAACGAUCCCAUCCUUUUUCGCGAAACCUGCCGAUGCUCCCAAGCCCACAGCCGAGUCGGUGCCUGAAGCACCCAAACUCACGCCGGAACCUCCUAAGCCUUCGCCAUUCUCAUUUGGCGCAAGCAAGCCAGCAGAAACUCCAGCGCCCUCGCCGUUUUCAUUUGGUGCGCCUGCUGUAGCGUCGGCUCCUGCGCCUACUACGACUCCUGCACCGGCUCCGACACCCUCGCCUUUCUCGUUUGGUGCAUCUCCGGCAGCUCCCGUUCCUACUCCACCUGCCCCUGCCCCUGCGUCCAAGCCGGCAUUCGCUUUUGGCCUGCCUGCGAGCACUCCGUCACCCGCUCCUUCCUUGACCGAGGCUCCCAAGAAGAACCCCUUCGAGUUCUCCGCGCCGGCGGCCGCCCCUGCUUCUACCGAAGCUCCCAAGAAGAAUCCGUUUGAUUUCUCGGCCCCUACUGCAUCUGCGCCUCUUGCCCCUACUACCUCGAAGAGUCCGUUUGACUUUUCAAGCGCAGCUAAACCCGCCGAGCAACCCGCGAGUCCAUUCGCUUUUGGUGCUGCACCUGCUUCGACACCUGCGCCCGCCCCUGCCGCUACGGAGAAGAAAAACCCGUUCGAUUUUUCGGGGUCAAGCCAGAAACCUGCCGCUAGCAGCCCGUUCGUGUUUGGUGCCCCAAGUGCAUCUGCUCCUGUCUCUACUGGGUUUUCAUUUGGUGCUGCUCCCAUCUCUGCUCCGGCGCGACCAAGCACUCCGCCAUCGGGUGGUGAUGCUGCCAUGGAGGAGAGCCCCACGCGCGAUCCUGCACCGUCCAAGAUCGUGACAAGCGGGUUCGGGAAUACAACUGGAUCUGGGUUCAGCUCUCAGCCCACACCGGGCGGUUUUGCUUUUGGUGCUGCUACCAAUGGGUCAACGUCUGGGCCAUUUGGUGGGCCGUUGGGUGGAACCAACUCGAACCAGUCAAACGGGCUUGGGUCAGCCGCUUCAAACCCGUCUCCGUUUGCCUUUGGGUCCAGCAAUAAUACCGGAAGCGGAUUCGGGUCUACCACCGGGAGUGGAUUUGGGUCAAACGGAACGACCACAGCGUCUUCAACCCCUGCGUUCACCUUUGGUGCUGGUGGAGGGUUCGGUCAGACGCCUUCGGCCUCGGCAUCGCCCUCCAACCCCUUCUCGCAGCCAAACCCGACACCCUUUGGGCAGCCAAAUCCUACGCCGACUAACGCGUUCCCUACUCCUGCGAGCCCCUUCCCUGCUGCUUCUCCAGCGCUGAGCACAGUUGGCUUCAACACCAACAACCCAGCCCCGUCUAGCAACGCGUUUGGGUCUAACCAAUCGAGCACUAACGGAUUCCCGGGCUCCCCGGCGACCCCGGCGUUCACAUUUGGCGCAUCUAAUCCCGCGGCCGGAACGGCCAGUCCGUCCACAUUCCAGUUUGGCCUCCCCAGCGGGACUUCUGCCCCACCGACGCCCACUAGUACGAGCGCACCGUUUAUGUUUGGCCAAGGUGCAGCGGCUCCGGCUCCCGAAGGCUCGCCCGCGCCUGGCGUACAGUUUAAUCUCGGUACCGCAGACGCAAGCCCCGGUGGCCGAAAAAUAAAACCGCUCCGACGCCCGCGUCGCAACUGA